CAACCCUCUCUUUCAGUCUGGCUGGCUGCUGUCCUGUCAUCGGCCUGGGUGUGGUUUUUGCUGUCGGGGGUACCGUUAGCAGGAAAUCAAGCGUCAGUCCGUUUCACAUAUAUGCGAAACAAAGGGGAAAAAAAGACCCUCACAAGCGUAACGUUGAAAAUAGUUCUUCGCACUCAAGCUAAACGUAACAUUAGCUUCCUCCAGACGAUUGGCGCCGUUGUUCUGAUGGGAAAAAGUUUUCUUCUGGUCUCGCUGACUGGUUUCAUCUAAGAACUUUUUUUUUUAUACAUAAAAACUGAACGGGACGUAAAAGAAAGGAAAGAUGCCGAAGACGAUUAGCGUAAGAGUUACCACAAUGGACGCUGAGCUGGAGUUCGCCAUUCAGCCAAAUACAACAGGAAAGCAACUCUUUGACCAGGUCGUUAAGACCAUUGGGCUCCGGGAGGUUUGGUACUUUGGACUCCAGUACCAGGACACAAAGGGUUUCUCCACAUGGCUCAAGCUCAAUAAGAAGGUGACGGCCCAGGAUGUGAGGAAGGAAAGCCCGCUGCUGUUUAAGUUUCGUGCCAAGUUCUUCCCUGAGGAUGUGUCGGAGGAGUUAAUCCAGGACGCCACACAGCGGCUGUUCUUCCUGCAGGUGAAGGAGGGAAUCUUAAAUGACGACACCUACUGCCCUCCAGAGACAGCAGUCCUCCUGGCCUCCUACGCAGUGCAGGCCAAGUAUGCCGACUACAACAAGGAGGUCCACACACCAGGCUAUCUGUCCAGUGAGCAGCUGCUCCCUCAGAGAGUUCUGGACCAGCACAAGCUCAACAAGGACCAGUGGGAGGAGAGGAUUCAAGUGUGGCACGAAGAACACAAGGGCAUGAUGAGAGAGGAAUCCAUGAUGGAGUAUCUAAAGAUCGCCCAAGAUCUCGAGAUGUACGGAGUCAACUACUUCAGCAUCAAGAACAAGAAAGGAACAGAACUGUGGUUGGGAGUGGACGCUUUGGGCCUCAACAUUUACGAACAGAAUGACAAAAUGACACCCAAAAUUGGAUUUCCCUGGAGUGAAAUCAGGAACAUUUCCUUCAAUGACAAGAAAUUUGUGAUUAAACCAAUUGACAAGAAAGCACCCGACUUUGUAUUCUAUGCUCCGAGACUCCGCAUCAACAAGCGCAUUCUGGCUCUUUGCAUGGGCAACCAUGAGCUGUAUAUGCGCCGCCGCAAACCUGACACCAUCGAAGUGCAGCAGAUGAAGGCCCAGGCACGCGAGGAGAAGAACCACAAGAAGAUGGAGAGAGCUCUGCUGGAGAAUGAGAAGAGGAAAAGAGAACUUGCAGAAAAGGAAAAGGAAAAGAUUGAAAGGGAAAAGGAAGAAUUAAUGGAGAAAUUAAAGCAGAUUGAGGAUCAGACGAAAAAAGCCCAACAAGAGCUUGAGGAGCAAACACAGCGGGCUCUGGAGUUGGAGCAGGAGAGGAAGAGGGCUAAUGAGGAGGCUGAACGUUUGGAGGCUGAGCUGAGAAGUGCUGAGGAUUCCAAGAUGGCGCUGCUGCAGCAGUCAGAGAACCAGAUGAAGAACCAAGAACACCUGGCCACAGAGUUGGCUGAGCUGACUUCAAAGAUUUCCCUCCUGGAGGAUGCCAAGAAGAAGAAGGCGGAUGAGGCGGCAGAAUGGCAGCAGAAGGCUACCAUGGUGCAGGAGGACCUGGAGAAGACCAAAGAGGAACUCAAAAACAAAGUGAUGGCGGCUCACAUUCAGGAGCCGCUCAAUGCCGAGAACGAGCAUGACGAGAACGACGAGAGCAGCGCUGAGGCCAGCGCUGAGUUCACAGCCGCCGCCACGUACAAGGACCGCAGUGAAGAGGAGCGCAUGACUGAGGCUGAGAAGAAUGAACGUUUGCAGAAGCAUCUACUCGCUUUAAGCUCAGAGUUGGCCAACGCUCGGGACGAGAGCAAGAAAACAGUGAACGACAUAAUCCACGCAGAGAACAUGCGAGCAGGACGAGACAAGUACAAGACCCUCAGACAGAUCCGGUCAGGAAACACCAAACAGCGCAUCGAUGAGUUCGAAUGCAUGUGAUGCCUGCAUUCAGCAAUGCAAAAGCCCACACACAGCUGGGUCAUUCUGCCUGGACUGCAGUCCUGCCUCACUUAAAGCUGUUUCCUCUGUACCCAAAUAAAUUAGCUCCACAACAUGACAUGGUUGCACAAGCACAGCACAAUGUACAAAUACGGAUAUGGAAAACUCCAUUUGCUAUCAUUCCUAACUUUGAAUUUAGGCAAGUCACUGGUUGAAAAGGGACAUACUGUAUUUUAUUAGUUCAUUCCUGUCAAGGGGUUUAUGUAGCAUAUUAGAAAAUGGCUCAUGCCUUAUUUUAUGACACAUUGAAUAAGCAUUUUGAAUUUCUUUGUAUGUUUUUUGUCACAUUUUGGAUUCAUGAUUUUAAAAUAAAGGGGCUCAAAGACCAUUCCAAAUUCCACAAGACCCAUAGACAUAUUUCCGACAUACACGGUUCUUCACAGCAAGCUGGAUUUUUCUGACGGUUAUAUUUCUCCAGUGAUCUGCUGCAGAUAGUUUUAAAACCAAAUACACUGUAAUCUACAAAAGCAAAUUCACAUAAAAUAAAACUGAAGUGUCUGUGUGGAGCAUUAACAGAGCAGUAUUAGUUUUUGGUCAUUUACAAUUUAUUUACUUUUCAUUUGACUCUAUCUGUUACAAAUCAUACAGUAUUUACAUCCCACCAACUGGAUGAUAUGAAGGAUCAGUUUCAUUUAGAUCUUUUGUCUGUUUAUAACAUUUCUGAACACCUUCAAAUCCAUUUGUAACCACAAGGCUGGAAUGUAAACUCUGCUAUUAAGGCUCAAACUGUUUAUUAUCCUUUUAAAUCUACAUAGAAAAAUCCUCAAUUGUAGACAAAAUGAACUUCAUGUGGCCUAAUAUUAAAUCCUAAGAUAUGGAAAAGAAAAUUAAAGCGUUCCGCCUAUCAACACUGAAUAAUUACCUGCAAAAUCAAAUAACAAUAAUUAAUAUUUCACUGUCUACAAUUCAAUUUAGCACUCAAUUUAAAAACUCAUUUGAAGUUGUUUCUUUAAGAGUUUUAGUCCUUUGCUUUUAAUUUUUAAGUGCUCAACAGUGAGGAUAUUUGAGUGUUUUGAUAUCAUCAGUACAGCAGUUACACUGUAGCUGUCUCAUGUCAGGUUGGCUUUUACUGGUAAACAAAUGCCAAUAAAGUCGUCUGUAAAGGGCAAAGCUGUAGUUUAAUCUUAAAUGUGUGAAAAUGAUCUCACGUUCUUUUCCCCCAAAAUCUUCCUAGAAACGGAUGCAUUAAAUGAUUUAAAAUAAAAUAAUUUUAUUUAAAAAAAUAAAAUGAUUUCAUUUUAAAAAAUAAAAUAAUUUCAUUAAACAUGCACUGGACGACUAAAGCUUACCUUUACACAGCGAGUUAAAACGUCCUCAGUGGGCACCAUUGGCAUUUUUGAUAUACUGUAUGUAUUUAAUUCAAUUUGUGUAUUUUGUAAUUUGGAUUUUUCAGAUGUGAUAAAAUUGUCUGAGGUGAAGGAUAGACACCACUUUGGAUAUUUUUGUAUUAUAUAGGCUAGAAGUACUUGUCAGAGAGAACAGUUGUUUUUUUUUUUGUUCAGAAAGAACAGCAUUUUGAAAACAGUGUUUUUGUUGUAAGCUAAUUGAACAGCUCACUGCUGUAAUAGAAGGCUGAUGGAACAAGCAACACCCCAAAGCCUGUGAUAGGACCAAUGUAAAACCAGACGCUGCAGGAAACUCUGUCCAUGUUGUACUGCUAAAAGCACACCAUGAAUGGAAAGUUCAGACCAGGCCAAAAGAUUUUGUAUAAAAAUGAACAGAACCAAGUCCUUGUGCCAUUACUCAACAUUACAUUUUUCAGACAUGCGGAGGGUUUGCUUGUUCCUUAGAUAUUUAGAAAUUAGUGUUUGAAAGAUUUAUUUACGCUAUUUUUCAAGUUCAAAAUGAAUGUAUUUUAGUGAUAAAUAUUUCUUUUUAUUUUGUUCUGAUUUCUCUCAUUGAAUGAACUUUUGUCAUUUGUACCAAGAUGCAUUUUGAUAUUCAGUAUUCUUGCCCAUUGCUGCGACUUGUUCUUGUAUCUGCCAUAAAAAUUGCAGUUGUUGCUAUUUUGGAUACUUUUCCAUGCCUUUGACGAUAACUUUUGUAAUGCUGCACUGUGUGUUCUACCUGAAGCACCAUGUAUUGACAGCCUGCUUUUAAGAAUCAAGUGUAAUUUGAACACGUUAUCAUGUGUGAAAGAAAUUUAUUAAAAGAUGCUACUCAGUAUUUCGUCAAUUUGAAUCAAAUAGGAUUGUAGUGUAAUUAAUAUUGUAAAUUGACAGACAGUGCCUUGGCCAGGUUUUACAUCAGGACUUGCUGCUUCAAGUCUUCCUUUCAGCAAUGAAUAAAAGUCAAAUUAAACUA